AUGGCCUUCGGCAAGGCAGUGGCGGCAGUUGCGGGUGCUGCAGUGUUCCAGGCCUUCACGGGUUUGUCCUUCCUGACGGCCUCGCGCGCAGCGUGGGGCUGGCAGCUGACGGUGCCGGGCAACGCUGACUUCAGCUGUGCCGAGGGCAGCACCAUCGGCUGCGCUUCGUUCAAUGGAUGUGAGGCAUCCAACUUCACCUGCACAGUGGUGCCUGCCGAGGGCAAGUCCUGUGAUGUGUCCAGCAUCAGCGUGCAGUGCACGGACUUGGCGGACAACACCAGCAUGCCUUUCCAGCCCAACCUAGGACAGUGCAUCAACGUGCAGGCCUACGCGGAUUCGAACAACAAGACGAUGGACGAGGUCGCUUGGUCGCAGGUGCCGAUGUGCAUGAACGCCACCACCACCACAGGUGGCUCUUCCUCUACCUCGUCUGCCGCUGGCCUGCAAGUGCUGGGCUCCGUGACAGCCGUCGUGGCUGCAUUGUCCGCGUGA